AUGAACGCUGACGAGGUGCGACUCGCUGAGAUGGGCCAUGUACAAGAGUUGGAACGCCAUUUCUCAACCCUUUCGCUCAUAGGUCUCGCGUCCACAACUACCAUUUCCUGGACGGGAUUGGGCUUGGGUAUCGUGACGGAGAUUAAUGCUGGCGGACCGGGAGCUAUCAUUUAUGGCUUCGUUCUUGUAACAAUGUUACAGUGUUUUCUUGGUGCUUCUUUGGCAGAAUUUGUCUCCAGCUAUCCCACCGAGGGCGGAAUGUAUCACUGGAUUGCGGCUGUUGCGCCCAAAACGCAGUCUGCUUUCCUCAGUUUCCUCACGGGUUGGUUCACUGUCUGUGGCUGGAUCUUUACCACAGCAUCCACGAACUUGAUAUAUGCGCAGACACUGGGGGCACUGAUCGCUCUUUAUCACCCAGACAUGACUGUCAAAACAUGGGAGAUUUUCGUGAUCUAUCAAGGUCUCAAUCUUCUGACAGCCUCGGUUGUACUCUUCGGAAAUAAGAUAAUCCCAAGCCUAAACAAAUUCUCGCUGUUUUACCUCCAAAUUGGGUGGCUGGUUGUACUUGUCACCGUCGUGGCUUGCGCACCGACCCAUCAGAGCCCCGAAUUCGUGUUUCGGACCUGGAUCAACAACACUGGAUGGGAGAACAAUGUCGUGGCCUUCGCUGUGGGGCUUGUCAAUCCGCUAUACAGUCUGGGCGGACUGGACGGUGUAACGCAUAUCACUGAAGAGAUGCCUAACCCGUCACGCAACGCACCCCUUGCCAUUGCCAUUACCCUCACGAUCGCCUUCUUCACCGGCUUGACAUACUUAAUCGGGCUGAUGUUCAGCGUCCAGGACUAUAGCGCGCUUGGCACUACAAACACCGGUCUUCCCCUCGCAGAGCUCUUCCGCCAAGCUACACAAUCAGCGGGAGGUGCCUUUGGACUGACCUUUAUCCUCUUCAUAGCACUGGGCCCGUGUGUCAUCUCAUCCCAGCUCUCAACCUCGCGAGUACUGUGGGCCUUUGCACGGGACGGUGCCAUGCCGUGGUCCAAGACAUGGGCGCGCGUGAGCUCGCGGUUUGGUAUACCUUUCAAUGCUCAGCUGCUUGUGACGGCUGCAAAUGCGGCGUUGGGCUGCAUAUAUCUCGGCAGCUCCACGGCAUUCAAUGCCAUGCUUGGCUCUGCCGUUACCAUCAACAACAUCGCAUACUAUAUUCCUAUCCUCACCAAUAUGCUGACUGGCCGACGCAAUAUGUACAAGGGUGCUUUCCAUAUGGGAAAAUGGGGAUGGCUGGUCAAUGGUGUGACCAUCUGCUGGCUCACUUUCGCUAUCGUUUUCUUCAGCUUUCCUUACUCUAAGCCUGUCACGGUUCAAAGUAUGAACUAUACUUGCGUUGUCGUUGGAUCUUUGCCAAUUUUGAUCAUUGGAUGGUGGUUCUGGGUUGGAAAGUCCUACAAGGAAAAGAUCGCUGUUGCGAAGCAGGAAUGA